AAUACGACCUUUGUUUUCCCUGUUUCCAGUUGUGGUUUGCACAACCAAAAACAACACAGUUUUUUGGCAUUUUGGAGGCAGAAUGACGGGUUUAAUCAGCGCAGGUCGACAGGUUAAAGAGUAAUGGCGACGGUUUGUUUUCAACGCCAGUCAGGUUGCUAUGGCUCGAAGAACCCUUAUGUAGCUCAGUUGCCCGGAUGUCGGCCCUGCCCCAUAUACUAUGCUAUUCUACAAUACACUAUACUAUACUAUACUAUGCUAUACUACAAUUUACUAUACUAUGCUAUUCUACAAUACAUUAUAGUAUAAUGAUUAUACUAUGCUAUUUUACAAUAUACUAUGCUAUGCUAUUUUACAAUAUACUAUACUAUGCUAUACUAUACCAAUGUCAGGGCUCACUCAAAUGUUACUACUAAACUGUGUAAGUUACCCUACUUUGAUUUUAAUCGUAUUCAAUAAUUAUAGUCCUGAAAUAUAUAAAUUAAUACAAUAAAAUACAAAUAAAUAAUUUAUAAUAUAAAUGUUUCUUAGAUAAACUGUUAAAAAAAUAAAUUGCAAAUGAAAAUACAGGUUUGCCACUUUAGUCAGCCCUAUGGUUAAGAAACACUGCACUUUACUUUAGUAUGCUAUACUACAAUAUACUAUGCUAUAAUAUACUAUGCUAUGCUACAACAUACACUACACUACUACUGCCAUAUUAAACUAUACACAAACGCAAGCAUGUACCGAACAUGGAACCCCACACAGAUUUCUGACAGGAUCAUAAUGUGGCUUCAACAUUUGUAUUUGCAAUCACGUCUAGUCCACCUUCUGGUGACCAUGAAGACAAGGCGGGAGGAGGAAGAGUACAUCAACAAUCACAUCUAGUCCACCUUCUGGUGACCAUGAAGACAAGGCGGGAGGAGGAAGAGUACAUCAACAAUCACAUCUAGUCCACCUGCUGGUGACCAUGAAGACAAGGCGGGAGGAGGAAGAGUACAUCAACAAUCACAUCUAGUCCACCUGCUGGUGACCAUGAAGACAAGGCGGGAGGAGGAAGAGUACAUCAACAAUCACAUCUAGUCCACCUGCUGGUGACCAUGAAGACAAGGCGGGAGGAGGAAGAGGACGCCUUGUGCUGCUGCGAGUACAUCAACAGACGAGGCGAGCGCAGCCAUGUGGCCGCCUGCUGCUGCGACUGUGAGGACCUGGACGACAUGUGUGACCGCUUUUUGAAAAGGGAGCCUCAGAAUCCAGAAUCUCUGUCCCAGGUGGCCGCCGUCAUUUGCGACCGUCUCCGUCUUCCCUGGCUGUCGGGCGGCGCCCGAAAAGUGGACCUGUCCGUCAUCCCUCCCCUGCUCAUCCUGCCGGCACUGCUGCACUUGGCCGCCGUCAACGUCCUUCUGGGCGCGCUGGUUCUGUGGGUUGUGCCCGUCCUGGUGCUGUGGUACUACUACUUCACCCAGCGCAAGAAGGGACGGACGCUGUUCUUCCUCAGCCUGGCUCUUUUCUCCUUGGCCUACAUGUACUACAUGUUCAUCACUGAGGUGCUGCCCCGCGGGGAUGUGGGCCCCUCCCAGGUUGCCCUGGUAACAGGGGGUGUCACGCUCACCCUGCUUGGCCUGGUCCGCACCAAGAGAGACCCGGGCGUCGUGCUCCCACAGCCUCCUCUCAGUGGCGGGAGGCCGGACGUCAAAGUAGGCGACCGGCUGGGACGCUCGCUGGAGGCGGAGCUUAGCCGGUGUCCGCUAUGUGGGGUGGCGCGGCCCCUGAGGGCGGGACAUUGUCGCAUCUGUGGCGUGUGCGUGCUGCGUCACGACCACCACUGUGUCUGGAUCAAUCACUGCGUGGGCCAGGACAACCACGCCAGCUUCCUGCUGACCCUACUCAUCUUCCUGUUGACCUCGCUGUACGGCAUCAGCCUGGUGCUGCGGAGCGUGUGUCCCGCUCAGAACCUCCUCCUCGCCCUGCUGUACUGCCCUGGCGUCUACCAGCAAUACAGCGCCGCCUUGUGCUUCACGUGCGCCUGGUACUGCAGCGUGGUGACCGGCGGCCUGCUGCACCUGCUCCUGAUGCAGCUGCUCAACAUCAGCUACAACGUGACCCAGCGUGAGGCGAGGGCCGCCCUCAGGAACGGGUCCGGCCGCAGGGCCUUGUGGGGCCUCGUCGUGGACACCGGCGUCUACUCGCGUGGUUUCCCAGGCAACUGGGUGGAAUUCGUCAGCAUGGCGAGCCCAAGGACUCCCCGCUCCUCCGGCCGGACCGACGUGGUUUCCAUCCAGGAAGUCUGCACGCCAUCCAGUGACGCCUGAAUGACAUUUGGCACAAAAUGACGCCGCCUCGCACCUGCUGCACGUCUGCACACCAUCCCAUUCAGUAUAUUCAACAUAAUAAUGGUUGCAAGCUGAAAAAUGCGGCAGCCAUUUUGAUUUUAAAAACCAAUAGAUUUGUUCAACCUUUCAAGCUACCCUCAAGUUUGGUCCCUGCAACCCAAAGGUUCAAAAUAAGUCAUAUAUUAUCAUUUUGUAUUCAACAAUUAAAUCUCCAGAUUACCAUAGUUAUUUUUUUAGGGUUAGGUGUUUUACUUGACAUGUAUCAUUGAUAACAUGACAUGGAUCAAAUCUUUAACGUUGUAUAGAUGAUCAUUUCUCUAUUAUUGAAAGUGUAUUAUUAAAUGAUGUGUGGUGACUUUUACAUCAGGCGAGGUACAGAUACCUUUUGUUAUUGGAAAGAGAAAGAGAGAGGUGAGGUGGUUAGAGAGUAAAAGACAUGAAAUAUACUCAAAUCACGUAUUAGUGUGGAAGAAGAGCCGCACAGUAGAGCGUGCUUCUCAUGCGUAGGAUCCAUCCCUGCGCACCCCACCUCCUUCAAAAAGAUUCUUGCAAAACAUCAGAUCUCAACACUAAGUGGAAAAAGGUAAGUUGGAACCCACGCGGUAGGACUACUUGGAAUGGGUUAGGGUUAGGGUUAGGGC